AACAAAGAAAACAGCUGGAGACAGGCUGUCAGCAACCCAGUUUCUCUCUACCCCUUUUUCCUCGUCCUCCUGUUUUAGUUUUCCCACUCUCUUCUUUCUUUCUCUCUCUACACAACCACUUUCUCUCUCUUCUUAACUGAGAAGACUUCAAGGAAGAAGAACGACAAAGCUUUUGUGGAUCCUUAUUUGACUAGCAGGUGUUUUGAUUUGAAUCAAAUGAAGAUGCCUGUUUGAUACACACUGACAAGAGAGCAUAGGUUGAUUGCUACUAAAUUUUCAUUCCAUUGAGCUAUACAUCAUUCUUGCCACCGAAAGGUCCUGGUAAAUUUUACCCUGGUUACUGGUGCUGAAGGGUUUAUGUCACUUGAUGCUGCUAAAGUUGCUCAAUCUCAUAUUGAGAAGAGAGCUUUGGCUUUAUAGGAGGUCCUUUUGUUGUCUCCAUGCUGGCGGAGAGCAUGCGUGGAAUUUGUUCUUCGGGUAAUGCCCCUGACCAGUCAAGCCGUCGAUGCACUCGGUGUGGUGACAAUUUCUCUAGUGGUUUUUUUGGUAGUUUCUGGCCUGCUCUGCAUACUAUACUUACUGUACUUCCGUGCUCGUAUUCAGAGAUCUGAGUUACGUCUACUUGGUUACUUCAACGGACCUUGGAUAGUUCGAAUCAUUCUUAUUUUGUUUGGAAUAUGUUGGGGCUUUGGUGAAGUUGUGCGGUUAAGUUUCUUUAGAAGGAAGGGUAAAGUUUUUCAUUCUCUAACGCAAAGAUGGCAGGAAGACAUAUGCAAGUUAUACAUUCUAUCGAAUCUGGGGUUCACAGAACCAUGCCUCUUUCUCAUAAUGUCUUUUCUCCUACGUGCAUCCCUGCAUUGGAGAGGGACAGGUAUACUAAAUUGGAAAUGGAACUUCAAGACAAUUGGUUAUGUUCUGCUUUAUUGCUUCCCCAUCUUCAUUUUGGAUCUCCUUGUUGUCAUAGUUGCCCCCAAAUUCCGACAUGGAAAGAUUAAAGUACUGAGAAAAUUGCCGGAAAUAUUUACCAGGGCAUAUUUGUCAUCCAAUGUAUCUGACCAACCCGUUAUUGCUUGCACUUAUCCCUUGCUGUGUACAAUACUCCAUGGACUGUUUGCCAUCGUUCUAACCACAUACCUGUUGAUUCUCGGGAGGCGAAUGGUUGUUUCAGUCAUCAACAAAGGGCUGCAGAGGAGAGUUUACAUACUUAUAUUUGUAGUUUUAAGUUUCUUACCUUUGAGGGUUCUUUUGCUUGGGUUUUCAGUUUUGGCUAGGCAUGAGCAUUUUCUUCUUGAAGCUCUUGCUUUUUCAAGUUUUCUUGUGCUUUUAUCUUGUAUUGUAGUUGGUAUUUUUAUGCUUGUUUUCUUACCUGUCAAAGAUUCUUUAGCCCUUAAUAGGGGUCUGGGGUCGUGGGGUUUAGAGGGAGGAAGAUUCUACACAUCCGAGGACUAUGCUGAUUCUGUCUAUCUUAUUGCUGCUAAUCAGAGUCAUCUUGCGACCAGCACAGCUACUACGACUCUGGGGAGAAACUCGGAUGCCUCAACAAAACGGGGUUCCAUUUCAUUCCGGACUAUGGUCAAAGAUGAAGCUUCUUCUACGGGUGGAGGUGUAUACGAGGAAGAAAUGAAUACAUUUUCCCCAGGCUUUAGGCUGUUGUCAACUUCGUCUCCUGGUUCCCCAGCUGCCCUACACAUGAAACUUCCAUCCUCGUAGUUUUGAGGGUCUAAUUGGGGGAGAAGAAAGGCAGAAGAGAAGCUUUUUUUCUUAGUUCUCUUGUCUUGUUUAAAAGGGUGCUCUUUUGUAAGAGCUAUUUCUGACAAUGAAUAAGGCUAUCUGUUCAUAGAACCAAGGAAAUGCUUACCCCCUUCAGCUAGAUAGAUAUCUUAUUAAUUUUUGUUUCUGCUUUCAUUUACGUUUAAUUGUUGUUAGUUGAUGAAUUGCUUGAACUGAAGAGUUUUUAUUAUAUUUGUUCUUUUGGAUGUUGAAA